AAAUAAAAUAAUUUCCAUUAUAUUCAUUUCUUCUUUCACUCAUCUAAAGACUUAUUGGGCAUGUACUGUGUGCACUGGUGCUAGGUGCUGGGGAUGCAGAAGUGAACAAGCCAGACAAGGUGCUGCCCUUGUGGACCUUAAAUUCUAUUUAGGGAAGAAAUAAACAGGUAAACAAACGCCAGGUUACCUGCAGAAAUGGACACACCUGGUAACAGAUACACGGAAAAACACUGGCCUCAAGUGAUCCGCCCCCCUCUGGUUCCCAAAGUGCUGGGGUUACUGUUCCUGGCCUCUGUCCCUGCAUCUUUAUGUGCCUGCAACACCAAGAGGGAGCUCUUGGCCCCUGGAUUAGGGUCAGGGCCCCAGAGGCCCAGGGUCAAGGCUAUGGCUGCAUCCUAAGGACAAGAGGCUGCAUCUGACAGGUAUGGAAGAGGCUCUGCUGAGGCCUCCUUGAAUUCCUGCUGGGGAAAGCAAGUGGAGGUGCUCCUUGAAGAAACAGGGGGAUCCCACCGAUCUCAGGGGUUCUGUUCUGGCCUGCGACCCUGGAUCGUCCAGCCUGGGCCGGGAUGGGGAGCAGACCUCGCCCUUCUUGGCUGGGGCUGAGGGUGAGGGUCCCGUUUCCCCAAAGGCCUAGCCUGGGGUUCCAGCCGCAAGCCCCCCUGGGCAGCGCCCAGCCUCGCCCCGCCCCGCCCCUCCAGGCCUGGCACUCGUCCUGAACCAAGAUUGCGCCGACGGCCUCGGGGGCGUCACGCCACCUGCCAGUGUCUCCCGACCCGCCCUAGGGGCACCUCCUGCGCUGCUCUUAACCCCGCAGAUGGUGGCCGAGCGGGAGAGCGGGAAGCAUGGCCCGGAGGACUGCGGUGGCCUGGGCGGCGCUCGGGCCGCUGUUGUGGGGCUGCGCGCUGGCGCUGCAGGGCGGGAUGCUGUACCCCCGGGAGAGCCCGUCGCGGGAGCGCAAGGAGCUGGACGGCCUCUGGAGCUUCCGCGCUGACUUCUCCCACAACCGACGCCGGGGCUUCGAGGAGCAGUGGUACCGGCGGCCGCUGCGGGAGUCAGGCCCCACCCUGGACAUGCCGGUUCCCUCCAGCUUCAACGACAUCAGCCAGGACUGGCGUCUGUGGGAUUUUGUUGGCUGGGUGUGGUAUGAACGGGAGGUGAUCCUGCCGGAGCGAUGGACCCAGGACCUGAGCACAAGAGUGGUGCUGAGGAUUGGCAGUGCCCACGCCUAUGCCAUCGUGUGGGUGAAUGGGGUCGACACGCUAGAGCAUGAGGGGGGCUACCUCCCCUUUGAGGCCGACAUCAGUAACCUGGUCCAGGUGGGGCCCCUGUCCUCCCAGCUCCGCAUCACUAUUGCCAUCAACAACACACUCACCCCCACCACCCUGCCACCAGGGACCAUCCAAUACCUGACCGACACCUCCAACUAUCCCAAGGGUUACUUUGUCCAGAACAUAUACUUUGACUUCUUCAACUACGCGGGACUGCAGCGGUCUGUGCUUCUGUACACGACACCCACCGCCUACAUCGAUGACAUCACCAUCACCACCAGCGUGGAGCACGACAGUGGGCUGGUGAAUUACCAGAUCUCUGUCAAGGGCAGUAACCUGUUCGAGUUGGAAGUGCGUCUUCUGGAUGCAGAAAACAAACUUGUGGCGAACGGGGCAGGAACCCAGGGCCAACUGAAGGUGCCGGGUGCCAGGCUCUGGUGGCCAUACCUGAUGCACAAACGCCCCGCCUAUCUGUACUCGUUGGAGGUGCGGCUGACUGCACAGACAUCACUGGGGCCUGUGUCUGACUUCUACACACUCCCUGUGGGGAUCCGCACUGUGAAUGUCACCAAAAGCCAGUUCCUCAUCAAUGGGAAACCUUUCUAUUUCCACGGCGUCAACAAGCAUGAGGAUGCGGACAUCCGAGGGAAGGGCUUCGACUGGCCGCUGCUGGUGAAGGACUUCAACCUGCUUCGCUGGCUUGGUGCCAACGCCUUCCGCACCAGCCACUACCCCUACGCUGAGGAAGUGCUGCAGAUGUGUGACCGCUAUGGGAUUGUGGUCAUCGAUGAGUGUCCUGGCGUGGGCCUGGAGCUGCCGCAGUUCUUCAACAACGUGUCCCUGCAGAACCACAUGCAGGUGAUGGAGGAAGUGGUGCGCAGGGACAAGAACCACCCCGCCGUCGUGAUGUGGUCUGUGGCCAAUGAGCCUGCGUCCUACCUAGAAUCUGCCGGCUACUACUUGAAGAUGGUGAUCGCUCACACCAAAGCUUUGGACCCCUCCCGGCCUGUGACCUUUGUGACCAGAUCCAACUAUGCAGCAGACAAGGGGGCUCCAUAUGUGGACGUGAUCUGUGUGAACAGCUACUACUCUUGGUAUAAUGACUUCGGGCACCUGGAGUUGAUUCAGCGGCAGCUUACCACCCAGUUUGAGAACUGGUAUAAGACGUAUCAGAAGCCCAUUAUUCAGAGCGAGUAUGGAGCGGAAGCGAUUGUUGGGUUUCACCAGGACCCGCCUCUGAUGUUCACUGAAGAGUACCAGAAGAGUCUGCUAGAGCAGUACCAUGUGGUUCUGGAUCAAAAACGCAGAAAGUACGUGGUUGGAGAGCUCAUCUGGAAUUUUGCCGAUUUCAUGACUGAACAGUCACCGCUGAGAGUGCUGGGGAAUAAAAAGGGGGUCUUCACUCGGCAGAGACAACCAAAAAGUGCAGCGUUCCUUUUGCGAGAGAGAUACUGGAAGAUUGCCAAUGAAACCAGGUAUCCCUACUCAAUAGCCAAGUCACAGUGUUUGGAAAACAGCCCGUUUACUUGAGCAAGACUGACACCACCUGUGUGUCCCUUCCUCCCAGAGUCAGGGUGACCUACAGCAGCAGAACAAGUGCCUCUUGGACUGUUCAUGGCAGACCAGAACAUUUCUGGCCUGGGUUUUAUGGUCAUCUGUGCUAGCAGGGAACACAAGGUGGAAAUAAAAGAUUUUCUAGUAUGGAAAUAAAGAGUUGGCAUGAAAGUGGCUACUGAAAA